AUGGAGCGAAGGGCUUCCAGACCUUACAUCAACAACCACACUGCACCGCCUUACAGCAACACGGAACAAGCCAUUGAACAUCAGUAUGCGACUAUCACGUAUAUCGAACGACGAAACAACUGGUACAAGUAUUCAGGCCCCAGGCUGAACACUACCGAUGCUGUGUACACCACCGACGAUGCGAACGGGCCGUCCUGCCAGCUCCCCGAGCCAGAAGACGCGACUUGCCCUGGGCAGGACCGAGCACAGCGGGCAAUGGCGCAGCCCGAGCCGUAUCACGGGUCUCCCGCUACUCGGUGCCCUGGUGCUGAAGCACUGGCCCCUGGUGACUCCACAAAAGACAAGCUGGAGGUUCCCCAGCAGGAGCAGGGGCAGGGGCAGCAGGGACCACGAGAACUCAAAAGGACUGACGAAGACGAUGGCCAUACUGACAGCUCUGCUUCUUCCGUUCCACUGAUGAAUUCCAAGCCACAGUCGCGAAAGCGCAAGAGAGUCGAAAAGAAGGAGGAGCAGGAGGAGCCGGAGCAGGAGAAGGAGAAUGAUUCCGGGACAAAGAAAGUCGUCAAGGCAAAGGGAGGGAAGCCAAAGGAAGAAAAGGAGCACAAAUUCGUGUGCGACAACUGCGGCGAGAGAUUCAAGCGCAAUGAACACCUCACCAGGCACGAAGAGAACGCCCAUGGGAUUGAGAUGGAAGGGGGUGUACUUGGAUUUGAGAGGUUCCCGUGCGGCCUCUGUGGCAAAUGGUUGACACGCAAGGACAACCUCAAAUCGCACAGAAACACAAAACACCCGGGCUGUGGGCCUGCGCCUGUCCCCAAGUCUGUGUUUGUGGACGCGGAAAACAAAAUCAUUGCCAACGCGCGUGUACUUCGUCGGCGCUAG